CAAAAAAAAAAAAAAAAAAAACACUCGACAUGAUGCUUCCAACGUUACCUCUUGUGAAACGCUGGUGCAUACAAGGAUACACGUUGAUACCAAAGACAAGGCUCUAUCCGAUGACCUUUGCCAUACGAAACUUGUCAUUGAAAAAACCUCUUAUCCAACAAACCACUAAAGAUCUUUCCAAUCGACAGAAAUUCAAACAAUUGGAUCCACCAUUACGACUUUAUGAAAGACUAGAACGAUUGGGAUUUGGAUCAUUACGACGUACCAAACGAUAUCAAGCUGUUCGUCAACAAAAAUCAAAAGACAAACAUCCUAUCCCUGAUCCUGAAUACAAGCUACCAUUCUUAUCCUUUUUUGCAGGUGCCAAAACACCAGCCUCAUUUCCUGAGACACAUUUGGAAGAAGUUGCAUUUGUAGGUAGAUCGAAUGUGGGUAAAUCCAGUUUAUUGAAUAGUUUAGCAUCAACCACGAUUGUACGGACAUCGGAUAAACCAGGUCUGACACAACAAAUCAAUUUUUUCUCGGUGGGACGAUUGUUUUAUAUGGUGGAUAUGCCUGGUUAUGGAUUUGCUUUUGUGGAUGAACAACAACGGCAACAGUGGCGACAAUUGAUGGAAACUUAUAUUAGUGAACGGAAAAAUUUGAAACGAAUCUAUGUAGUGAUUGAUGCUCGACAUGGACUCAAAUUAGCAGAUCUGGAUUUUCUCAAUAUGUUGGAUAGGAAACGAGUCAAGUUCCAAGUAGUGAUGACCAAGUGUGAUUUACAAGUACUUCCAACACUGGCAAGGCGGAUAAUGGUGGUGGAAAAGGAUAUCAAGAAAUUCCAUCAUGCUAUUCAGAAUGUAUUAGUAGUUAGUUCAAAAACUGGUGCAGGUAUCAAUCAGAUGCGCAAGGAAAUGUUAUUUAUUACAGGUCAUUUGAAAGACAAUGAUUAUUAUGAAACAAAAUCAAAUCAAAUAAAGAAAUAAAGUUUUUUAUUAUCAUAUUUUAUGGGUCAAGUCUUGAAUACAAAAAAAA